GCUGGCCCAUGCCUGACUGAGGCUUCCUUUUAUAUGUGCUAAGUUUGUGGUCAGUCAGAAGCUAGCUUGGGCCCAACUGCAGAGGAGAGGAGGCUGGAGGCGGGCCUGCUUGCCGGCCUCCCUCUCCUUCUGCCGGCCAGGGCCAACCCAGAGGAGGCUGAGGCGGAGAUUCUGGGCGGAGAAGGAGGAAGGGCUCUCCUCAGAGAGAGAGCGAGCGAGGAAGCAAGCGAGGGAAGCGAGCGCCCUGCCUGCCGGCCGGGCCGUGGGAGGCGGAGGCGCUGGGCCCAGUCUUCCUGAGGGAGCCAUGGAGCCUCGCCCUCUCCUUCGCCUCAGGCUCCUGCUCUGCCUCCUGCUCUGGAUGCCAGGGGCCCCGAGCUUUGGAAGUGCCAAUUCAGUGACUCUACCAGAGACAUUGCUGUUUGUUUCAACCCUCGAUGGAAGUUUGCAUGCAGUUAGCAAGAGGACAGGGUCAAUCAAGUGGACCUUAAAAGAAGAUCCUGUACUUCAGGUGCCGUUACAUGUGGAAGAUCCUAGACCAGCAUUUCUUCCCGAUCCUAACGAUGGAAGCCUCUACACACUCGGUGGCAAGAACAAUGAAGGCCUGACUAAACUGCCAUUCACCAUCCCUGAACUAGUCCAAGCGUCCCCUUGUCGCAGUUCAGAUGGAAUUCUAUACAUGGGGAAGAAGCAGGAUAGCUGGUAUGUGGUAGACCUUGCAACAGGGGAAAAACAGCAGACGCUAACCUCUUCAUUUGCUGAAAGUCUUUGCCCUUCUACUUCUCUCCUGUAUCUUGGCCGCACAGAAUAUACCAUCACCAUGUACGAUACCAAGAGUAAGGAGGUCCGCUGGAAUGCCACGUAUUUUGACUACGCAGCCACUUUGCCAGAUGAAGACGUCCAAUAUAAAAUGUCUCACUUUGCAUCAAAUGGAGAUGGACUAGUGGUGACUGUGGACAGCGAGUCAGGGGAUGUCCUGUGGAUCCAGAAUUAUGGCUCUCCAGUUGUUGCUUUUUACAUCUGGCAAAGGGAAGGACUGUGGAAAGUCAUGCACACCAAUGUGGGGGUGGAAACCCUUCGCUACCUGACCUUCAUGUCUGGUGAAGUUGGGCGCAUCACUAAGUGGAAGUAUCCAUUCCCAAAAGAAACAGAGGCCAAAAGCAAAUUGAUGCCAACACUUUAUGUCGGCAAACAUUCCACCGGCCUCUAUGCAUCACCAUCAAUGGUCCAUGAAGGAGUGGCUAUUAUGCCCCGUGGAAGUCCCAUACCUCUGAUAGAGGGUCCGAAAACACAAGGUGUUACCAUUGAAGAGUGUGUUAUCACCCCAAGCACUGAUCUGAAAUUUUCAUCUGGAUUUAAACGAAAGAACAGUCUCCAUUAUUUAAGGAACCACUGGCUUUUAAUAGGACACCAUGAGACACCAUUAUCAGCUCCAACCAAGAUCCUCGAGAAAUUCCCUAGCAAUUUGCCAAAGCGACAGGAAAAUGUGAUCCCAGCAGAAUCAGACAAAUCUGCUUUUGAAGAGGCAAUUGAUAUAACUGGGAGUUCAACGGAAGACUUGCCUCCUCCUCCGCCAAAAAACACCGGAGAGACACCCAGCCAGACCAGCCCCCGAACAGAAGAUCCUGUCGACUCCAUACUGAAAGACAUGGCCACAGUCAUCCUGAGCACCUUCUUACUCAUUGGCUGGGUGGCCUUUGUCAUCACAUAUCCAUUGAGUGUACAUCAUCAGCAACAGCGACAACAUCAGCACUUCCAGAGACAGCUGGAAGAGAAGAUUCAGUUGCUGAAGCAGCAACCCUUCAGUCCUGCCCUGGAGUUGCCCCCCGAAGGAGAGUCUUUGGAGGGUCCCUGCACCAGGCCAGAGGGCUCUGCCACCAGCUCCCCAAACCUGUCCCCAAAAGCAUCAAACCACUCUGCAUACUCCAAUGUCUCUGCCUCUGAUGCGGGAAGUUGCCUUUCCACUGAACAAGAAGAAGAUGGGAGCACAAGCACAAUAGUGGUUGGAAAGAUUACUUUUAACCCAAAAGAUGUACUUGGACAUGGAGCUGAAGGAACCAUUGUUUAUAGGGGGACGUUUGACAGCCGAGAUGUUGCUGUGAAGAGAAUUCUUCCUGAAUGUUUCAGUUUUGCUGACCGGGAGGUGCAGCUCUUGCGAGAAUCUGAUGAGCAUCCCAAUGUGAUCCGCUAUUUCUGCACAGAAAAGGACCGGCAGUUCCAAUACAUAGCGCUGGAGCUCUGUGCCGCCACUUUACAGGAGUAUGUGGAACAGAAGGACUUUACUCGCCAUGGUUUGCAACCAAUCACUCUCUUGCAACAGACAAUGUCUGGCCUCGCUUAUCUCCAUUCCCUCCAUAUUGUGCACAGAGAUCUGAAGCCCCACAACAUCCUUAUUUCGAUGCCUAAUGCCCAUGGCAAAGUCAAAGCCAUGAUUUCGGAUUUUGGCCUGUGCAAGAAGCUUGCAGUGGGAAGGCACAGCUUUAGCCGUCGAUCUGGAGUACCAGGCACUGAAGGCUGGAUUGCGCCAGAGAUCCUGAGUGAGGACUGCAAAGAGAAUCCAACCCAUACAGUAGAUAUUUUUUCAGCUGGAUGUGUCUUCUAUUAUGUGAUAUCUGAAGGCAGCCAUCCAUUUGGCAAAUCCCUGCAGCGGCAAGCCAACAUUUUGCUUGGGGCCUACAGCCUGGAUUUCCUAAAUCGAGAAAAACACGAGGACAUAGUUGCUCAUGAAUUGAUAGAGAAAAUGAUAAGUACGGAUCCUCAAAAACGGCCUUCAGCUAACUGUGUGCUAAAGCAUCCAUUUUUCUGGAGUUUAGAGAAGCAGCUGCAGUUUUUUCAGGAUGUGAGUGAUCGAAUUGAAAAAGAGUCCUUAGAUGGGCCAAUUGUCAAGGAGCUGGAAAGAGGAGGAAGAGCUGUGGUGAACAUGGACUGGAGAGAGCACAUCACUGUCCCUCUACAGACAGAUCUUCGAAAAUUCCGAUCCUAUAAAGGGGGGUCAGUUAGAGAUCUCUUGCGGGCAAUGAGAAACAAGAAACACCACUAUAGAGAACUUCCCCCAGAAGUCCAGGAGACCCUGGGUUCUGUCCCAGAAGAUUUUGUGCGUUACUUUACAUCGCGUUUCCCUUACCUCCUUCUGCACACCUUCCAUGCUAUGCAAAUCUGCUGCCAGGAAAGACUAUUCCAGCCUUACUACAUACAGGACUCUGAUGGACAGAUUUCCCCUGGAGAUGCUGUUUGAAAGGCGGAGAUGUUGUGUUUCGUUACACACGCAGGACUGUGGAACAGGCCUGUCAUCACCAGGGUGACUGGAAGGAUUGAUUAAAGAGCAGCAGGAAGCCUCUUUGAAAGAUCCAGCAUCACCCAAAGUGCCUUGAACUCUGCCUGUCUGACUCAGGAAGUGGAUUCCAGGUUGGAAUCCAAGGAAGAAGGCUGCGUAACCUGCACACAGCUUUAUAUUACAGAAGAGAGGAGUGAGCAAAAGACUCCUAUGAAGAAAAGUGGAGCAUAAAAUAGCUCAAGUUGGCACAAGCGUCAUUGUGUGAUACCAGAAGUACCUAUACUAUGUAUUGAUGACAUUCAGGCACAGAAUUGUUUCAAAAAUAUUGACUGCAAAGCAUUCAGAUAGCCAAGCACCUUCAGGAAUUCCAGGAAGAUCCUUCUCACUGUAGCAAAUGUUGUUUCCAUCGGCAGCCACAUUGCAGGGUUGUUAAAGGAAAUAUAGGUUUAAUCAUUCAGGAUCCAGCAGUACAAAGGCAAAUGGCUAAAGUAUAUUAAUCUCCCAAAUAUUUCAAAAAAGCGUGAAAGUUGACCUUGGAAACUACCGGCUGGGAAUGUCAGCCCAAAGGAUAGUGGCUCACAGAUGGGUAAGAGUGAGUGCCAUCAUAUGCUGCAAGGAGACCCACAAGUCUAGAUGUUUCUUGGAAAAAGGGUUGACUUGCAUUAAAGCAGUAGAAAUCCAUUAUACCUUUGGGGAAAACUAUUCUGGCUUCUUUUUGUGGAGCUGGAAAUGUGACUUAGAGCUGCAGCAGCCAAAGUCACCUCCAAAACUGGUAUAUUUGGGAUCAGUGGAGGGCAAUGUUUGAAAAGAGACAGUAGGAGACUAGGAUGGAUAGAUGGAAAGGAAGAAAGGGAGAGAAGGAGGGAUAUAUAACUUUUUUCAUAUAUAACUUUUUUCCAGCGCAAACUGAACGGGACUUGGGAAAUGUGCCUCUAUAGAAUCUCCACUUCUAUAGGAUCGCUCUCCAGAUUGUUUAUUCUGACGCAGUGGGUCUUAGCAGGAGAAAUGUUAUCUUUACAAUCACAGUAAAAGCUUGGUCUUUCAAACUGGAACAGGAAUCCUGUUCCAGGAGGUUUUUGGGAAGCUGAAGCGAGAUCUGCUUCUCAUUUUGAAGCUUGCAGUUUUCCUUUUCAGUAUCCCUAAAAAAACUGUGGCUCCCGAUGUCUGUGCAAAAGGCAUUAAGAAUCCCCAGCAAUGUGCCCUGCUUUCCUACGUCACUUUCGUGACGUAUUCUUUUACAAAAUAUUUAUUUUGCAUAUUUAUAUUUAUUUAAUUUUUACUACAGAGCAGUACCACAUUUAAAUGGUACAAGUGUAAACCAUGCCAAAUCUUUGAAAAUCUCAACAGACUAAAAAAUGAAAUCCUCUCCAAUGCAGUAAACAUUUUUUUUUAAAAAUGGACAAAGAAAAGGUAUACUGUGUCUUUUCAACCAACUUGUGCAUUUUCACUGAAUCAGGAUAAAAUGUUUUAAUGUAAAGGAUGUUUGUAAUCUGUGUGGCUGUAUUCCUGUGUGAUUUACAUGAGUAAAUUAUUAAUGGUUCAUUGUAUGAUUGGGCAUUGAUGUGGGCAUAUGAUUUUUUGCUUUUUUUUGUUCUAUUGAUUUGGGACCUUACUUUGCAGGGAAGUAGAUCUUUUCUAGUUUUGUAAAGCAAAAGCAGAGGAGGCAAGAUACCCAGAUAUUGACAUUGCAGGAAUUAAAGCUUGCAAAUAACAGUAGUCUUAACUUAAUUGAAAUCAUAUUUCUUAUUUUUGUAACUCUGUUGUACGAUACUUUUAUAUUUCUUCAAAAUAAGAAUUUCACACAGCUAAAGAAUAAAAAAUAGCCUUGGAAAUAA